GACUUACUCAGCCUGAGUGCGCUCUCACCACUGCUGCUCAUCAUCCAUCUGUCUGCCUUUUAUUCUCUCUUUCUCUAUCCAUCACUACCCUGAUCUUUAUUCUGUCUUCUCUUCUCUACACUUACUUCCUGUUUCCUCUCAUCAUUUUUACCUCACGUUUUUCCUCCUCUCUAUAUCACCACUAAUUUUCCUCUCUCCACACAUACUCCUGAGCCUGAGUGUGCAGCACCUGUGCAGACUGGAGUUUGUCGGGCAGAAGGUUUUUUUGUUUUUAAUUGUGUGUGUGUUGAACAGGGGGGAGGGAGGGGAGACGACACCCAGGAACACCUGACCAACAUUUCAUCAAGAUAUGUGGAGACUUAGGAACUGAUUUCCUCCUCCAGCUUUUCCCCAGCUGUUUGUUUAUCUGUUUUUUUAUUGCAACACCUGGAAUGCUUAACGUGGACUGAUGGAUGUUUCCGAAUUGUGCAUCCCUGAUCCUCUCUGCUACCACAACCAGUUGCUAACCAGAAUGCCCUCUGAGGACCGACAUCUAUCCUCCAGCUGUGGUUCUUACGUCAAAACCGAGCCUUCCAGUCCAUCCUCCUCACUAGUAGACACCGGCAGUCACCACAGUCCCAGCGGCAACUCUGACGCCAGCGGCUACAUUAACGGCAGCAGCAGACACUCACACGCAAUGGACUCCCCGCCAAUGUUCAACCCAGGCAUGCUUGGUGGUGGCGCCGCCGCCUGUCUACGCCGCUACGAGGAGUGCUCCGGCGUUGUGGCGGACGACUCGCCGAUCAAGUGCGAGUACAUGCUCAAUGCCAUUCCCAAGAGGCUGUGCCUGGUGUGUGGUGACAUUGCUUCAGGGUACCACUACGGGGUGGCCUCCUGUGAGGCGUGCAAAGCCUUUUUCAAAAGGACGAUACAAGGGAAUAUUGAAUACAGCUGUCCAGCCACCAAUGAAUGUGAGAUCACCAAAAGGAGACGCAAGUCGUGCCAGGCGUGCCGCUUCAUGAAAUGUCUUAAAGUUGGCAUGUUAAAAGAAGGUGUACGUCUGGACCGGGUGAGAGGGGGGAGACAGAAGUACAAACGGAGGUUGGACGCGGAAAACAGCGCCUACCUCGGCCUCGGCAUCCCUCCUCCAGCUAAAAAGCCAUUGACGAAGAUCGUUUCCCAUCUGUUGGUAGUGGAGCCAGAGAAAAUCUAUGCCAUGCCUGACCCCACCAUGCCCGACGGAGACAUCAAGGCCCUGACCACGCUGUGCGACUUGGCCGACCGCGAACUGGUGGUCAUCAUCGGCUGGGCAAAACAUAUCCCAGGUUUUUCCACUCUCUCGCUGGCAGACCAGAUGAGUCUACUGCAGAGUGCUUGGAUGGAGAUCCUGGUGCUGAGCAUCGUGUUUCGCUCGCUGCCCUGCGAAGACGAGAUUGUGUACGCAGAGGACUACGUGGUGGACGAGGAGCAGGCGAGGAUCUCAGGCCUACUGGACCUGCACGUCGCCAUCCUGCCGCUCGUCCGACGCUACAAGAAGCUGCGCAUGGAGAAGGAAGAGUUCGUCACGCUCAAAGCCAUCGCCCUCGCCAACUCGGACUCCAUGCAUAUAGAAAAUAUUGAGGCCGUCCAAAGGCUCCAGGAUUCUCUCCACGAGGCUCUGCAGGACUUUGAGGGCUCCCAGCAUCCAGAGGACCCUCGACGGGCAGGCAAGCUGCUAAUGACCCUGCCUCUGCUCCGUCAGACCGCCACUAAGGCUGUUCAGCACUUCUACAGCAUCAAAAUGCAGGGCAAAGUCCCCAUGCACAAACUAUUCCUCGAGAUGUUGGAGGCCAAGGCUUGACACCUGGGCCAGAUGUUUGACAGACAGCAGCAUCACCCAAUGGGAGGCAAGGGUCAGCCCAUAAAAAAUAAAGGUGGUGUUCCAAUUGACAGUGAAAGGAUGAAGCUUUGACUACUGAGUCAUGUUAACACUUUUAAAUGGUAAUACACAUAAAAGAAAAGGGGACUUGAAAUAGUUUUGAAAAGGGUGAAUAUCAACUUGAUUGACAUGGGAUCAUGAUGAUGUAUAUAAAGAUGUUGUGUACAGAAAUCAGGCAACCGAGGUCUUGUUAUAACCAGAGACCCAAUGCUCUAUAUCACCUGAAGCUUCUGUGAAUUUGUUUCUAAUCUUAUUUUCAUCUCAAAAUGGAAGUGUGUUAAUAUAAAUGUCCUGAAGAACUGUACGGCUACGUAGCCACAUUAUGUGUUUUUGGUUCUUUCUUCCAUAUUUUCUAAUCUCAGUUGUUAAAGCAAUAGUCUCUAACUUGUCUACAUAUAAUAUGUGUACUGUAUAUUGUGUGAAAUUGCACUGGGAGGGGGGGUGAGAGAAUUGCUAGACAUAUUCUUAUAUUCGUCAUCAAAGAAAGCGGUACCCGCCAUGGGUCUGUAGGACUCUCGAUUUCCUCGUAAUGUAUUUACCUCUUAGUAGCUUCAUUGACUCAGCGGUUAGAGUCAACUUGGUGCUUACAGAAGGACAUUGGUUGGCUGGUGAUCAGAGUUCACAAAGAGUUUGCACUAAGCAUCUAUGAAUAAUGUGGCAAUAAUGGGUAUUGUAAUAGCGAGCUCUGUCUGGUAGCCUCUGAGUCUCAGUCAGUGGUUUUUGCUUAUGGACACUAAACUCCCUCCUCACUCUUUACUUCUAUCUGUGUUCAGUGUCAUACACAAAUAUUGGCAACUAAGCAUACUGUGAAAAAUACACAUGAUAAGCUAAUAUUCUGUGCUGAGAAUUUUAAACUAUGGCUUGUUAAAACAUAUUUAUUUUAUUUAAAUACAGGUACAACAACCGCAACAUCUAUGCAAUUUAAUGCAAUCUAAAACGAUGUGUAAUGCAACCUCAUAGCCCUGCAAUAAAUACUACCUUUGUAAAGUUUAUAAUGUUCAGUUUGUGUCACAUAGGUGCUGAUUCAACUCUCUUGUUGUUUUUGAGUCCAUAGUUUGUGAUGGUGUGGUAUUAGAUUGCAUUAUAUUGUAUAGAUUUUGCUUUUUCUCAUAUCCACACCCCUUUGUUUAGGUUGUAUGCUCAAACAAGUGUCACUAUAUUGAUAGCGUUAAUUCCACAGCUAAUCACAUUAGUCCUUUGUUUUUCGUCAAAGUCUUGUGUGAUACCAAAGUCUGUAUGAUCGCAUCUAAACACUUUUUUGAUGAUCCGAUAUUUUGUUCUCAGUGUGUGACUACAGGUUAAAUAUUGUGGCUCUGAGAGAGCAGAUUUUGACAUUUUGACUCUGUUGUCGCUGGGCAUUAAGAUUUCCAAAUAACUCAAGUGAGAAAAAAAAACUCAACAAAGGCCCCACAUCUUUAUGAAUGGAUUCAAACUGGGCAUGAUCUCUCCCCUUUCAAACUAUAUCAGCAAGGCCAAAAUGUGCAAGUAUAUAAACGGCCAAUAGACGUUUUCGCAUGCAAGUACACACAACUGCCACAGCUUAAGUUUGACAGAUAAUGUCUCCUUAUUAUCCUUGUGAUCUAUUUGAGUUUCAAGAUGGCAAGUUCAAAUAAAACUAAUGCAUUUUUUUUUUAAACUGAGGGUUUUGAGUCCCUUUGUCUCCUUGAUCGUUAAAAUCUAAGAUGGCAGCCUUUUAAAACUGUUUGCUACACUUUACUGCAGGUUUAAAUGUUUGAGUGCGACGAUAUAAUGACACUUGUGUUUCUGAGAAUAACUUGAAUUACUCUGAAUUGAAACAGAAUAAGAAUCAGACCUCAGAUUAUGGCUCACUGAUGUUCUGUAUUUUUCGACAAUUAUUUUGCUCUUUUAUCUUUAAUGAAGGUGCAAAUCAUUCAGACGGACACUGUAUGUUCAUGUCUAGAAAUGCUGACACUGAGUUGCUCUAACUAAGUUUCAAAAUCUGUAUACUCCAGAAGUGAUAGUAAACUUGUAUAGGGUAAUAUCUAACAAUUGUAAACCAAUUGCCAAAUUAUUCACACAAAGCAAUCAGAAUAAUGUAAUAGUUAUAAACAUGUUAUCAUAAGAUCAAAAUAAUACAAUAAGCAGCUGCUCUUAGGAUUUUAGUGAGAUGGAUAUUGUCCCUUAUCAACAAUUUAAAGCAGUAGUGUCUUAAAAGUGUUUUAAAGUGCCAUUAGCUUCUGCCUAAACGAGAAGAAAAUAUAAAGCCAAGCCACCAGUAACUACACCAGUUUCUAUACUUGAUGAUCCCCACAGGAACAGAGGCUAUUGAUUCACUGUAAUGUAAUGCAUACAUAAUUCUAACCCAAUACAGUAGAGAAUACAAUUCCCAUGAUACACUUCCCCAAAUGUGUAACCAGCUAAACCAUCCCCAAUUGAAAACAAGGGAUGUAUUACCGCUGUACAGUAGCAAACCAAAGCAUAAUGUCUUCAAAUACUUGGAAAACUGAUAAAACUGCAUUUUGAGCCUGAUGCAUGUUAUUUACAGUAUAUUAUUAAUGGUUGUACCUUCAUUCUGCUAAUCAUCCAGCUGUGCGUCAUUUCAUUUUUAGCAUCCUCUAAACCUACAAUGGUGGUGAAAAUCUUUGAUCUUUUUUUUUGUUCAGUCGAUAUAUGCAUUGAUCAAGCAUCAGCUUCUUUGUCAAUAGAGACGCUGCUGUGUGAAGUCUCGCCCUGUAGCCUAACUAUGAGAAGAAACUAAAAUAAGUGAUGUUUUUCAUAUUACCAUGGUUAAAGGAGAGUGUUUUAAGUGUUGAUAAACACGUUCUGGCCCAUAACUUCUCUACACGUACCUUCUCUGUGACCUUUGAAGACUGAUCGUAGUUAAUUGUUUCCCAACUUUCCCUGCUUUUCAAAUUAAUAUUAGAAAAUAAAAGAAAAAUGCUUAAUUUAUUUCCAGAGUUCUAAAAUGGUUCUACUACAUCCAAUUAAUUCUAAUUGUCUCCUUAGCUGAAAUUCUCAAUAGAAAUGGAGCAAUUAAAUUUCUGCUUUGGCUCUACCUUGGGGACGAGAGACAUUUUAUUUCGGUUGACAGUGGGGAGGGUUUGUCUAAACCUUUACAAAGCCGAUUUCAUGGGGGUCUGUAAUAGUUUCAUAACAGACCGAUCACUGGGCUAUGCAAGGCAAAUAUGGCCACCCCUUGUGUUGUGGAGCAUCAGACAUUUAGUUGUGCUUUGUUUACAAUGUGGACAUAUUGUACAGUGGUGUACGUUGCAAAUGUAUUGUGCAUAUUUCACCAUACUGUGCAUUGAUAUAACUAUGAUCGUUUGUUUUAUUUGCCCAUUUAAUGAAUUUCUCAUGAUUUAUCAGCAACUUCAACACACACAUUUAGAGCCCACCUGAAUAGCUGCCUAAUAUAAAUCACUGUAAUGAGUCGUGAGUCCGUUAUAUUUGGUCUAAGGUGGGAUAUCUUUUUUUCCUUUCUGUGUCUUUGUGUCUCUUAAUGCUGAAACACACACUCUAUGUUAUCAUCGAUUUUGGUUAUCAGCACAGCAGGACGUAUAGCGAGUGAAGUAGUCUAGACCCUAUACCUCAAUUCAUAUUUUGAAAAUUACACUGGGUUUGGAAACGGGCCAUGGGUUCCUCUUGGGAAUCAGUGGCACAGAAAUAAAGUGACAUCACUGACUGGGUAUUAAAAAAAAUGUAGAUGAACCUGCUGCAAUUGGGGAACACAUUCCUCGGAGGAGAAAGCUGCUUAUUCGCUGUUCCAUUUGCGGACUUAUCUCCAUGCACUCAGAUGACGAGAUUUACAUAAAACAUGGAGGAACCUCCCUGGCCGUCCCUGGUCCGCGGAGUAUAAAGGACCCUGCUAGGUGUAUGUACCGUAGACAUGUGAUUACCCAAGAGGUUUACACCCCUUAAAAGCAAUAUGUUAGCAAUUGUGAUAUAUGAAUCAAUUUAAAAGGGAGCUUUGGCUCAUUUUAAUUAUAAACUUACCCUAUGCUUGGAAUAGGACAGGGUAACUAUGCACACACAGUCCUGGGGAGACAUUGAGAAAAAAAUG